CGUAGUUGUUGACGUCAAUGACAUGACAUGAAAUUCAAUAAAGAAAAUUAGAAAUGGCUGCGAUAGGCAGUGGACGGGGGAAUAUGGAUUCCCAAAACCAAGUGCAAAGUGACAAUGUAGAUCGUUUAAAACUGCUAUAUCCCAAUGUUAAUGAAGAAGAAACGCCCUUACCAAGAUCAUGGAGUACAAAAGAUAAAUUCAGCUAUAUUGGGUUGUCGCAGAAUAAUCUGCGAGUCCAUUAUAAAGGUGGGACGCAGGGCCCGGGCCGCCGACCCCACCUGCCCUACCUCCACUUACGCCUCUGGAUGUAUCGUCAUGGCAAGACACACAAGGACGCGGCCAGCGUGCGCGCGACGCACCCCAUCCCCGCGGCGUGCGGCCUCUACUACUUCGAGGUGCGCAUCGUGUCCAAGGGCCGCGACGGGUACAUGGGCAUCGGGCUCUCCGCACAUGGAGUCAACAUGAACAGAUUACCAGGUUGGGACAAGCAUUCGUAUGGGUAUCACGGCGACGACGGGCACUCGUUCUGCUCGUCGGGCACCGGGCAGCCGUACGGGCCCACCUUCACCACCGGCGACGUCAUAGGCUGCGGCGUCAACCUCGUCGACAACACCUGCUUCUACACCAAGAACGGACACCAUCUCGGCAUCGCCUUCAGAGGUCUACCUCCGAACCUGUACCCGACGGUGGGGCUGCAGACGCCGGGCGAGGUGGUGGACGCCAACUUCGGCCAGCAACCCUUCGUGUUCGACAUCGAGGACAUGCUCCGCGAGCUGCGCGCGCGCACUCGCUGCGCCAUCGACGAGUUCCCGCUGCCCGACGACCAGGGCCAGUGGCAGCAACUACUGCACAAGAUGGUCUCGUCGUACCUGGUGCACCACGGCUACUGCAGCACUGCUCAGGCAUUCUCCCGCGCCACCGGACAGCCUAUCGACGAGGACAUCGCUUCCAUCAAGAACAGACAGAGAGUGUCGAAGUUGGUGGUGUCGGGGCGUAUCGGCGAAGCCAUAGAGGUAACACGCGCCUUGUACCCGGGUCUGCUAGACCGGGAUCAAGACUUGCUCUUCCUGCUCAAGUACCGUCAGUUCGUCGAGAUGGUAAAUGGAUCUGACGCAGAGGGCGCGCGCAGUAACGGCGUGGCCACGUCCGUCAUCUCGCACACCUCGCGCACCAACGGACACGCACACUCCGAUGCAGAGGGCGGCGCCCCCCCGGGCGCGGAGGAGGACGCGGGCGCGGAGUCGGGCGCGGGCGACGCGGCCGGCGCCACCGACGUGGACAUGGCGCCCGCCACCAACGGACAGACAGGUACACCACGUCUACUGCCCUGGCCCGGUGGACCUCUGCCCGCGCCUACCCACGGACUAUCCUACGAUAUAUACCAGAUAUAUCACGCAAUCUAAUGUAUUUAACGUUGCAGCCGUAAAUGUAGUCCGUCUUGCCAGUUAACUCAAUUUUAAAGUUGAUACCAACAAUUCAAUAUUUGUAGUUGGGUUUCGAUUCCCAAUAAAAUUAUUUACGAUAUGACCACCGGAAUACAUUUUAUAUUUGUCUCUAUUUUAUUUACAUUUUAAUAUAAAAAGUAUAAUUAAAUACGCUAACAUAACCUAUACAUAAGUAUAAAGUAUUCUACAGACUAUACAAAAAUAUAUUAGUAUAUAAUAAAUAAUGUAUGGAUAAAAUAUGUAAGGAAUAUUAUGUACGUACCUAAUAUUACAAGUAUAUGUUUUUAUUUGGAUUAUAUAUUAUUUGCACAGCAUACUCAUUCAUUACAUUAUGUUAGUAGCGCCAUAUCUCAUUAUAUUGCUAUUUUACUUAGUUUGCAUGGCUUUGUACAUAGUGGGCCAGUUAACAGUACGCAUUAGUAGGCUGCCCCUCCCUCUAGUGCUCGCGUAUAAUGUAGCUAAUGGUAACAUUCGACACAAAUAUGGCGCCUGUGUUAUGUCUACACGCAUACACGCAGUGCAGAUGUUGUCACUUCUCGCGUCCUGCGAGGCGAGCAGUCCUGUCAAUAUAACACGGUGUGGUGCGUCUGUAUGUCUUGUAAUGAUGUAAGGAGAGAUUGAUGCAUUGGUCGAUAUUUCGAUGCUACGAAUAGUGCGCUGUGGCCGGCCGGGAACUGUUACUUAAUUAUUACCUGACAGUCUCAUGGCUUAAACUGACAUUGUCGAUUGCACCCUUGGUUUAUCUAAUAUUUAGUUAGGAUUUUCUUGUGAUCCUACACAAAUGACAGAGUUUAUAACUACUGUGUUCAUUAAUGUGUGUAACUAGUGCGUCAGACACGGGAAGUUGGCAUGUGUUUGGUCGAAUUAUCGGCUAUUUACUAACAGGUCAUGUAACAUCGCAUCUAGAAUCGACAUCACUCACCUGCACUUACAGCAUAUUUUGGUUUUAUUUCUUUCCGUUAAGUUGGAUUUAGUUCGCGUGCGUCGUCGCUUACGCAUGUCCGGUAAGGAAGGAGGCGCAAGUUACGAGUGUUGGGUAGUAGUACGGUAGUGACUCGCGCCUCCGCGGCGGUGACGCGGCGUGACGCGGCGUGACGCGGCGGUGACGCGGCGUGACGCGGCGUGACGCGGCGUGACGCGUGUGCUUGUAGGUGCGCGGGCGCUGCCGCUGGUCAAGGGCAUGCCGGGCGUGACGGCCAGCCUCGCCGCGCUGUUGCCGCCGCACUCGGGUGGGUACCUCACUCCUCACUGCGCUACUCUCUGUGCUCAUCUCUCUCGUGCUCUGGUUCCUCCGACCCGAUACUCACGAACUGAACGUCAGUAUCGUGCGCAACUCCAGAUCUUACAUUGACGUAAUCGACUAAAACUUGGGAAGGUACGAUGAAGGCCAACGUUACGGAUGAGUAGACAACGAAACGGAAGGAUGCGUGAGGGAGCCAGAGCAGUGGUCGGUGGCAUCGCUUCGAGUGUCCCCGCCCCACCGGCUGCAGUGCUUGUCCCCGCCGAGCCCCCUAAUGUGGCCCUGUCUUGUGUAGCUGUGCUUGUACUAACUCACCGGAUGUGCAACUCCGCACUCGACAGUCUACUUACACUGAACCCUCUCCUACAUGAUAUUCUGCCCUCACUGGGACUGUACACCCUGACUGAAGUAGCGAGUUGAGAUGUCGCAGCGUCAGUGGCGGUGCACAGAGUCCGUUGUCCCUAGCGCUAGUAGCCCAGUAGUGGAGUAGUGUCCUGUACGUGUCGCUGCCGGAGGUAAGUGACCGACAGCUCAUUUUGUCGCACUCUCAACUUAAUUUACAAAACGAGUUGCGGCGUUGGCUUUGCGGUCAUUCAUUGCAACAAUCAGUAAUAUAGCAACUUGUUUAAUGAACAGUAAUUCGACAGGUUCGGUAAGUUGUUAGUAUUCACGAUGACGUGUAUUACUGAGCAAGGGAGUUUGUAAAUUAAGUUGUAGUCAUGGUUGGUGUGUCGCAGUGGUUAGUGUAUGUUGCAUGUGACUGCGAGGUGGUGCCCGCAUGACGUCUGUGGACUAACGCUUGUUAUGUAUACUCGCCCUAUUAUAUAUUUACUAUAUUAUACAUAUUAUCAUAUUACACUAAACGCAUGCGCGGUCCGACGUGCCGCCCGAUAUGACAGUCUAUGUCACGACACAGUUUUCUCCACGGCACUGAGUUAUGAGUUUCUCUCGCUCCUUGAUUAUUUGAUCAGAUUUUAUAGUUUAAGUUGAAUACACUAAUGUACAAUUACAAGUGACGGCGACAAAUUGCUUAACAAUGGCAUAUAGAGGUGUAGGAGUGUAAAUAUCGAGUGAGCGUAGAGUAUGGCGGUCGCUGACGCAGUGAGUGUAUGCGCAGAGUCGGAGUGCGGGACGCGCGCCUCCGUGGAGCGGAUGCUGGCGUUCGGCCGCGAGCUCUACGCCAUGAGCCAGAAGCUGCAGCAGGACCAGUACGUCAAGUCCAUGCUCGAGGAUGCAUUCAGCCUGUUAGCGUACAGCAACCCAUGGGACAGCCCCGUGGGCUGGCAACUUGAACCUGUGCGCAGGGAAGCAGUCUGCGAGGCACUCAACUCUGCCAUACUCGAGGCACAAGGCAUGCGGUGGAUCUCCCCCGUGGAGGCCUGCGUGUCUCAAUCGCGUGAUCUGCUCCGCCGAAUGGCACGGGGCGGACUCGGCGCUUGUGCCUUCGCCGACCUCACUGCGCUGCUGCGCCGCUGACGCGGGGCGGACACGGCGCUUGCGCCUUCGCCGACUUCGCCGCGCUGCUGCGGCGCUGAUGCGGGGCGGACCCGGCGACUGCGCCUUCGCCGCCCCCGCCGCGCUGCCGC